GGCGCCCCGCGCGCUCCCUCCGGGCGGUAGGGGGCGCGCACCGGGGAACCUCCGCGAGGUCGGUUCCUGGCGGGGUCUGCACGGCCUGUGUGACUGGAGGGAAGAUGGAGCCCAGAGCCGAGCCUGAGGGUCAGCUCUGACCUUUCUGACCGAGGUCCUGCCCCCUUUCGCCGCCAGGAGCUUCCGUCCUCUCCGGACUAGUGCGUUCGAGCUCCCCAGUGGCCUGGGCCCCGAGGCCCAGGGCGUGGGGCUUCCGCGCGCCCCGUGAAGGGAACUGGGGAGCCUCAAGGGACCCCGCACAACUCCAGGCGCGAAAACCCCCGCAUGGUGAGGAGCAGGCAAAUGUGCAAUACCAACAUGUCUGUAUCUACUGAUGUAGCCACCUCACAGAUUCCAGCUUCGGAACAAGAGACCCUGGUUAGACCAAAGCCAUUGCUUAUGAAGUUGUUAAAAUCUGUUGGUGCACAAAAAGACACGUACACCAUGAAAGAGGUUAUAUUUUAUCUUGGCCAGUAUAUUAUGACUAAACGAUUAUAUGAUGAGAAGCAACAACAUAUUGUAUAUUGUUCAAAUGAUCUUCUAGGAGAUUUGUUUGGAGUGCCAAGCUUCUCUGUGAAAGAGCACAGGAAAAUAUAUACAAUGAUCUACAGAAACUUGGUAGUAGUCAAUCAGCAGGAAUCAUCAGACUCAGGUACAUCUGUGAGUGAGAACAGAUGUCACCUUGAAGGUGGGAGUGAUCAAAAGGACCCGGUGCAAGAGCUACAGGAAGAGAAACCUUCAUCUUCAAGUUUGGUUUCUAGACCAUCUACCUCAUCUAGAAGGAGAGCAAUUAGUGAGACAGAUCCAGAAGAAAAUUCAGAUGAAUUGUCCAGUGAACGGCAAAGAAAACGCCACAAGUCUGAUAGUAUUUCCCUUUCCUUUGAUGAGAGCCUGGCACUGUGUGUAAUAAGGGAGAUAUGUUGCGAAAGAAGCAGUAGCAGUGAAUCUACAGGGACUCCAUCAAAUCCGGAUCUUGAUGCUGGUAUAAGUGAACAUUCAGGUGAUCAGUUGGAUCAGGAUUCAGUUUCAGAUCAAUUUAGUGUAGAAUUUGAAGUUGAAUCUCUUGAUUCAGAAGAUUAUAGCCUUAGUGAAGAAGGACAAGAACUCUCAGAUGAAGAUGAUGAGGUAUAUCGAGUUACUGUGUAUCAGGCAGAGGAGAGUGAUACAGAUUCAUUUGAAGAAGAUCCUGAGAUUUCCUUAGCUGACUAUUGGAAGUGUACUUCAUGCAAUGAAAUGAAUCCUCCCCUUCCAUCACAUUGCAACAGAUGUUGGGCCCUUCGUGAGAAUUGGCUUCCUGAAAAUAAAGGGAAAGAUAGAGGGGAUAUCUCUGAGAAAGCCAAACUAGAAAACUCAACACAAGCAGAAGAGGGCUUUGAUGUUCCAGAUUGUAAAAAAACUACAGUGAAUGAUUCCAAAGAGUCAUGUGUUGAGGAAAAUGAUGAUAAAAUCACACAGGUCUCCCAGUCACAAGAAAGUGAGGACUAUUCUCAGCCAUCAACUUCUAAUAGCAUUAUUUAUAGCAGCCAAGAAGAUGUCAAAGAGUUUGAGAGGGAAGAAACACAAGACAAAGAAGAAAGUAUGGAAUCUAGCUUUCCCCUUAAUGCCACUGAACCUUGCGUGAUUUGCCAAGGUCGACCUAAAAAUGGUUGCAUUGUCCAUGGCAAAACAGGACAUCUUAUGGCAUGUUUUACGUGUGCAAAGAAGCUAAAGAAAAGGAAUAAGCCCUGCCCAGUAUGUAGGCAACCAAUUCAAAUGAUUGUGCUGACUUAUUUCCCCUAGUUGACCUGUCCAUAAAAGUAGAAUUAUAUAUUUCUAGCUAUAUAACCCUAAAAGUUUAAACAGCAUGAAACUUAUUUUUAUUUACAUAUAUCAAAGUGAGAAAGUGUCUCAAUCCGUGAAGAUUUCUUCUCUUUAGUGUAAUUUACCUGCUUUGGGAGAGGAAUAGUGACUAUUUAUUUCCUUUUAGGAAAAUUUCACUUCUGUUUAUAUUUGGCUUUUAAUGUAAUUUGAAUUGGAUAUAUAGCUCCAUCCCUUACCCAUCCCCCUCAUUUUAAGUAAUUUCUACUUUCUCUUAAAUGAGAAGUAUCUGAUUUUUAAAAAUAAUAUAUAUAUAUGUAGGACAUCUAAAUGUAACUUAUUUAGUAUCUUUCAUGUAAGGAGAAAAUGUGUGGACAGAUUUGCAUAUUUAAAAUUUUGAUGCUUUUAAAUCUUCUGAUCUUUAGUUUUUCUGAGAGCCGUAAAAAAAAUAACAGUUGUAUUUGGUGCUAUGUAAGUAAAAAUGUACUUCUUAUUCUCUAGCCUCUGGUUAUACUAUAGUAAAGGGUAGGUGGUAAUGACAUUGUCAGUGAGAAUAGCCAUCAUUUACUCAUAAGACAAAACUUUUUUAAGGCUCCCUAGUAAAAUGUGGAAUUGUCUUGGAAGUCUAACCUAGUACACCAGGCCCUUUGUCACAAAAGAUCCUUAUCAGGAUUUAGUGGAAUCUGUUGUUGCCCCUGUGUUGAAAAACAACUCUAAGAUGCUUUGAAGGACCUUCUUGGGCUGGGUUAUGUGGUUCCUGGUAGUUGCCUAGGUUUCGGACCUUUUCUUAAGGCCAGUUUUAGAAACCUGUGAAUUCAGAAAUUUGAUAAAAAGAAUUGCUCAUUUUAAAACUAGCUGAAAAGAUUGUAAGUUCUCUCUGAAUUAUGCAGAAAUUAGGCAUCACUUUUCUUCAAGAAAGACAGGGUCAGAACAUGGGAUUCUAAAAUAUCUCUUGGCUUCCUCUCAAGCUUGGUGUUGGUCAGUAAGGACCAUGCAUGUUGAGAAGUGUUAGUU